UGCUGAGAACAUGGCCUCCCCAGGAGCCUCAGGGACCCGCAUGACAUCCACAGUCAGUAUCAACAUUUCUACCCCUUCCUUCUACAACCCACAGAAGAAGUUUGCACCUGUGGUUGCCCCAAAACCCAAGGUGAACCCCUUCAAGGCUGGGGGUACGUCAGAGUCGCCGCUGCCUCCACCUCCUGGAGCUGGUGCCCAGCGAGCUCAGAUAGGGAAGGUGGGGGAGAUUCCGUCAGCGUCCACGUCCCUGCUGACAGAAGAGCUGCCGCUGCCACCUCCUCCCCCACCUGGAGAGGAGGCAAGUUUCUCCUCAAACUGUGCUUUUCCCCCACCUCCACCACCCUUUGAAGAGCCUUUUCCACCAGCCCCAGAAGACGUUUUUCCUUCUCCUCCUCCUCCUCCUCCACCGAUGUUUGAUGAAGGGCCUGUGAGCAAGGUACCUGCCCCAGAGAUAUCUCCAGGAUCUGCAGGUUCUCUUGAGAAACCAUCGGCCCCAAAAGCCCAUAUGGAAAUACCAUCUGCACCUAAAGAUACUCCUCAUUCCUUUCCUUCCAAGUUCACUCCAAAGCCAAGUGGAAACUUACCUUUCAAGCCCACUGGAGUGGAUUUGAACCCCUCUCCAACUCCAUGGGCAGCCCCACAGCAACGCAAGGAACCCCUAGCACCAGUCCCUCCACCCCCCUCUCUCCCUCCUGCCCAGACUACCCCUAAAUUCACCCCACCCCUUGUUUCUGGCUCUCCUAAGUCUGGGUCCAAAUCAAGUGCCAGCGAUCCUGUGGCUCCCUCAAACUCCACAAGAUAUCCUACCUCCCUUCAGACUCAGUUCACAGCUCCUUCACCUUCAGGUCCCUCCUCUCGGCCACAGCCUCCCAAUUUCACCUAUGCCCAGCAGAGGGAAAAACCCCAAGUGCAGGAAAAGCCACGUCCCACAGAACAUCCCGCUGCUGCAAAAGACACGCAUAGACCCACAGGCUCCAGUGCAGAUUCACCUAGGGGGAAUUCCUGUCUGACCAUGAAGGAGGUAGAAGAGCUGGAGAAGUUGACCCAAAAACUAAUGAAGGAUAUGGAGCAUCCACCCGCAGCAGAGGCUGCUACUUCUGAGCUCUGUGGCUUCUGCCGGAAGCCCCUGUCACGAACUCAGCCAGCUGUGAGGGCCUUGGACUGCCUCUUCCAUGUGGAAUGCUUCACCUGCUUCAAAUGUGAGAAGCAGCUGCAGGGGCAGCAGUUCUACAAUGUGGAUGAGAAGCCCUUCUGCGAGGACUGCUAUGCUGGGACCUUGGAAAAGUGCAGUGUCUGCAAACAGACCAUCACAGACCGGAUGCUGAAGGCCACUGGUAACUCUUACCAUCCCCAGUGCUUCACCUGUGUGAUGUGCCAUACCCCUCUGGAGGGGACCUCUUUUAUUGUGGACCAGGCCAACCAGCCUCACUGUGUCGAUGACUACCACAGAAAGUAUGCUCCACGCUGCUCAGUCUGUAGUGAGCCUAUCAUGCCAGAGCCUGGAAAGGAUGAGACAGUGCGUGUGGUGGCACUGGAGAAAAAUUUCCACAUGAAAUGUUACAAGUGUGAGGACUGUGGGAAGCCCUUGUCCAUUGAAGCAGAUGAGAAUGGGUGCUUUCCACUGGAUGGGCACGUGUUGUGUAUCAGAUGUCACACAGUUCGUGCCAAAACGGCACGCUGAGGAGCUCGGAGUGGCCAUACCCU